AUGCCUAAACUAGGGAGCGUCUUGGGCGCAACCCGUGGAGGGCACAAAGAUGCAGCCAAUUCAGGACGUGGUGGACGAACACGUGGAACCGGCGCGAUAGGAUCCAAAUCCCAGUCGAACCGUGGCGCAACUCGAGGACGUGGACGAGGCCAGGCUCGUGGUGGCCAGUCUACAGCUAGCGAUGCUGGGGUCUCUGGUGGAAAGGAGUCAGGAUUCGGAGCUCCAUCUUCUAAUUCACCGUUUGCUGCGAUCAAGAAUGAUACUGCCGCGAUCUCGUCACCAUUCGGCGGACCGCAAAAUUCUUCUGGAUUCGGGAAACCAUCGCCUAACCCAGGAAUCAUCGCCUCUAAUGGUUUUGGAGCACCUUCUUUCGCACACCAGCCCAUAGGGAACUCAGUUCAGUCAGCGAAGGACCCUCGUCACAAGGUUGCUUCACAAAGACGCGUACCUAAAGAAGAAACAAGUGAACCGACCUCGGCGGGGACUAGUACGCCUGUCGACUAUCAGGAACGCUAUGAGAAGUUGAAACUUGACCGGGUCAAACAACGCGAAAAUGCCAUCAAACAAGGUCAAAUGGCCGAUCCCAACCAACCAACUCUGUUGAUCAAGGCCAUAACUCCCGUGGGAACGUGUACCACAAUGUGUCCAGAAUUCGAACGCGUGGAGAGAAUAGUUCAAAAAAUGGUUGAUAGAGCUGAAAAGAGUCUUGAUCCGACCACCGAUACGUUCGAAGUCAAGGAAUUGAAGAUGCUUAAACGGUUUAGGCGAUCUGCGGCAGGCUACGAUGAACAGCUUCCAUCCGAUAUUCGCACACCAAACACCCUCCUUCAAACCAUGAACUACCUCAUACGCCAUGUCGUCAGUGGUCCCGACCCGCUCGGUCUAAUCCAUAAGUUCGUUUGGGAUCGGACUCGCUCUAUAAGAAAUGAUUUCUCUGUUCAGCAAUUGACGAAGGUCGAAGAUAUCAAAAUAGCUGUUAAGUGUCUGGAACGCAUAGCCCGCUUUCACAUUGUUUCACUACAUCUACUCUCUUCACCCGACAACGAAGAACAAUUCGAUCAUCAUCAGGAACGGGAACAACUCAACAACACAAUGCUGUCUCUAAUGCAUUACUACGACGAUAACAGAGAGCGCAUGAACUUUCCGAAUGAGCCAGAAUUCCGGGCAUAUUAUAUUGUCUUGGCAAUCCACGACCAGCGCCCAGACGUGGAAGACCGCGUCCAAAAGUGGCCGAAAGAAAUUCUUCAGAGCCCAAAAGUACAGAUUGCCUUGGAACUCUUGGCAGCUGCGAAUAACUACUGGGAAUAUUCGGUCGUUUUGGACGAAAUGCGGCCCAAUGCAAUUUCUCAAGGGUUCUAUAAUAGGUUUUUUAACCUAGUAGAUUCGCCAUCUGUGUCGUAUCUAAUGGGUUGUGUUGCGGAAAUCUACUUCAAUAACGUCAGGCAGACUGCUAUCCGGUCGAUUUGGAAAGCGUACUGCCGAGUGCCAACCUCUCAGCAGAACAGAAAUGAAGAAUGGACUAUAACAGAGCUCACGCGCGUACUUUAUUUUGAUGAUGAGUCACAAGCCGAAGAGUUCUGCGAAGAGCAAGGUCUUCAACUUUUAGAAAGAAACGACGGUGCAUUAUACCUCAACUGGGGAACAAGCAGCAUUGAUACCGUCGAUUUCGCACCAUCAUCACAACAUUCUUAUUCCGAUAAAUAUGUUGAAGUGAAACGUGGGGGUAGAACACUUGCAGCCAUCAUUCUUGGAUUGAAUAUCAAACAAGCGGCCGCUCGGGGUAUGAUCGAUGUGUCUUUUUUACCGACUAAUGAUUACGACACUCCUAUCGAAGAAGACGAGAACGAACUUUUCGUCACUCAAGAGGAUACUCCCAUGCAUCAGGAGCCCCCAACGCUAUUUCAAAUUCCCCGGGCCUCGCUUCAACCUACCACUGAAGUUGUUGCACCCCAGGUCACAUCUAAGGGGCCUUUUGAAGCAUUCCAACCGCCUGCUGCACCAGUAACAACCCAGGCAACCACAGCACCGAAUAUUUUCUCAUCCAGUGGUCCCGCAAAACCUCUCUUCGCACCCAGUUCUUUGUUUGCACCAUUUUCAGAUACUUCAAUCGAAAAGCCAUCGUCACCCUUCCAUACGCCUACUCCAACAUCAAUUCCUUUCCAAGGCACUGCCUCCACAAACCCGCCCAAGCCAUUAUUCUCAUGGCCAGCCUCUACUCAGAGCACAUCCACAACAUCUUCGACCUUAUCUACUACUACCACCGAGCCCCCAAAGACAAAUUUUUCGUGGCCAGCUGCUUCUCAAAGUUCAGGGCCGGUCUUCAAGGCUCCCGAACCCGCAGCUCCUAUUACAGAACCGAAGCCAUCACCCUUGUUUAGGCAAUCGCCCUUCUCCACUCAAGAGGCAGCUCCAGAGGUGGUUCCUGCGGUUACUUCUAGCGAAGCACCAAAUUUACUGUUCUCAUUUCCGCCAAGUAGUCAGCCCUCAAAGAUAGAAGUCAAGGCGCCUGGUAUUUCGACGACCACACAGGCUUCAGAAUCACUAUUAAACAAAACACCAUCACCCUUCGCCUUUCAGCCUCCAUCUUUCUCGACUACAUCGAAUAUAUUUAAACCAGCACAGGAAUCGAUCUUCUCGAAACUACCACCACAAAAAUCACCGAUCACAAUUACGCCUACCGAGAUCCCGCCACCUACAAAUACUUCGAAACCUCUAUUCUCAUCGCAGCCAGACAAGCAAAGUCCUUCCGCAGAAGCAGAACUCGCAACUUCUCCAAAGCCACAGGUCGCUUCGCAGUCAUUGUUCCCUUUUGGCCCUCCCGCUGCCGACGCCGACUUAGCUGCGAAUGGGCAGCAAGAGCAGGCUACUGAAGUAGACCAAGAAACAGAGGUUCAAUCAGAGCAAGAACAAGCUCCUGUUGAUGAAUUUGUUGCAAAGAGUCCCUUACCGAAAGCUGAAGCCUUCUCUAAGUCGGAAAGCUUCAUUGAUGAGUCGUCGGCGUCCCGCAGGUCCUGGAUCGAGACACUAAGGCAGUCUGCAAUACAGAAUCGAGCGUCCAAAGCAGGCAAAAAGCGGCCAUUGGAAAUCGAAAAGGAUGAGGCCUUGCAGGCUCGAGAAGAGAUAUCACCAUUGAUCGAUGAGCCACAAGUACAUGGACAGCAUGAUGAAGAGACUCCUAAGCCAAAGCGCGCCGCCCACCAAAAGCAAAAGAAGACAUCCCUUGCUCUGGCCUCUAUAGCACCACUCCCGACACUUCCGAUACUUGAGAGAGUCAAGGAGCUGACGAAGGCCAAGCCGCCACGAGACGACGAAACUGUGUCUUCCAGGACAUCUCAAAUCGACGAAGAUGAAAUGAUUCUAUCAGCAGCACGUAUCGCAGCAGAACAAUUAAAAAAUGGUCCACGGCUUUUCGACGGAUCUUCCGAUUAUACCUCCUAUACUCAUCCCUUCCGUUCUUCUACGUUCGGGAGAAGUGUCAACUCUGACUCACAUUUAUUGUCAUCUUUGUCAUCUUCCGUAUCAUCUUCGUCGCCUUAUGCCCGCGUCAAUGGAUACGACGUCGCACUGGCGCCCGAAACGCCCCUUGGUCUUGGUCGCACUCUAUCCCGGACCGAACAACGUCUAAGACUCACUGGCGGAAAGGGUCUGGCAUACAAACCACUACAAUUGACUCCGGAAAAAGCGACAUCGAGCAAGCAAUCUAAUAAAAAAAGGAGUCUGACUUGAACAAGUACCCUGUUUGGCGGAAAUAUUGUAUUGCUCGUUUUUUGUUUCUUUUCCAUUUCCAUUCUUCCUUUAUGUACAUAAAAGACGUCUCCGGAUUGUGGAUGAUACUGCACUAAUGGAGUUAUUGGUUUGGAUUUAUCCUGAUACGCGUAUGUACAUCAGUCAAAGCAUGGCGCUGUUGGUCUAGCUAGCUACGAUACCAUUACAUUGAAUCAUCAUGGUGGAAUGUAGG